AUGGAGGUUGGAGUAUUAGAAGAGAUACUGAGAGUGUUUGAGAGUUCAAUUUCUCAAAUAAAAUGGCGACUCAAGCUUCCUUCUAAGCGUCGUCUUGAGACAGAUAUUUUGGCCUUAUGCACUGAGACGAGACCAGUUAUAAUGGUAGACUAUGGAGGUAAGAUGCCUGAACUGCAGGAACGACUUUGUGCAUUUCUCAAACACUGCAAAAAGGAGUCCUCAGUUUUUGAGCAUCUGCGGGUCAUGGUUAUAGAAGAUAUGAUCUAUUUGAUUCAGGUCAAAGCACUUGCAGACUUCGUCAAAUCAAGUCUAAACUUGGAGAUCGAAAUGCUCUUUGUGGACCUUGAAAAGGAUCCUCCGAAGAUGAUAACUCAAGGGGAAAAAUGCUCAGCAGCACUUGAACUUCUAUCAGCUCAGAAGUUGUUUGCCUCUGUAUUUUCUGCUGAUGGUCUGAAUAGUGAUCCCUUGCCAAAUCAUGGUAUAGAUUUAACUGCUAAUGCUGGCUCCUCUCUUAGUGAGCCAGUUACUUCUGCGUCUUCUGAGUUAAUUGAUCUCAGUUGCUGCCUUCAAACAAGUCAGGUCACAGUGCCAACCCUUAAUGGGUGGCUUCUCGGUUAUCCAGUAGUGUACUUGUUUGGGAAAGAGCAUAUUGACCGUGCUAUUUAUAAUCUCUCAACAAAGUCUCUUCAUAUUUUUCAAAUUUUUAUCUGCAGUGAUCAAGCAUCCAGUAAAGGAUCUCGGCAAGAAUUAAUGAGUUUUACAGUACCUUUUGACUUGAGUUUGGAGGGCAGCAACGAACCAUGGGCAAAGGCGUUUCUGGCUCGCAUGCUAGGAAGAUGGGAAAGAUGCAAGCACUUCUGGGGAUCUUUACAUAUGGAGAGUUUCGAAACCACACUUCGCCCUGAUUCGGCCUUGCAGUGCCGCUUCUCACAGGUUGCUCAAUUUUGGAUGGAUUUUGAGAUUGAUGGUGACGUCAAUGGCAUAGUAGAAAGUUCUAUUGAUAUUGUAGGGAGAUCAGAUGAUGGAGAUGCAAUUUUAGGAACUUCUGCUGAUGGGACACUCCAGCAUGGUCUUGAUAUUAAAAUGGAUGAAGAUUCUUCCGUCGGGGACUUAUUUCCACUGGAUGAAUCGCAAACUAUAAAUAGUUUGGGUCCUGCAGAUGAACCAUAUGUAGGCCAGGAGUUUGAAUCUGAAGCAGAAGCACAUGCAUUUUAUAAUGCAUAUGCAACGCAAUUAGGAUUCAUCAUCCGUGUGAGCAAGCUUUCUCGAUCAAGGUGCGAUGGAUCUGCCAUUGGUCGUGCACUUGUUUGCAAUAAAGAGGGUUUCAGAAUGCCUGACAAGCGUGAGAAGAUUGUACGGCAACGAGCUGAAACAAGAGUUGGCUGCAGGGCCAUGAUUUUAGUUAGAAAAGUAAGCUCUGGGAAAUGGGUUGUCACAAAAUUUAUCAAGGACCAUACUCAUCCUUUAUAUCCCGGCAAAGGUCGUAAGGAUCUAAUCUACGAUCAAUAUCCCAAUGAGCACAAUAAAAUCCGGGAGCUAACACAGCAGGUGGCCAUUGAGAAAAAGAAAGCUGCAACUUAUAAAAGGCAAUUGGAAAUGGUAUUUGAGCAUAUCGAAGAACACAAUCAAUCACUUUCAAAGAAAAUUCAAGCCAUUGUGGACAAUGUGAGGGAGAUGGAGUCCAAAGAGCAACAAAGUGAUAGAUAA